AUGAAUCUUCCCACCCUCAGUCAAAAUAAUCUGUGACUAAUUCGAAGACUUUGCGUAUGUUUCCGCUAUUUGCAUAUGGGGGCCUUAAAUAUGAAAUAUCUGUAUCUCAUAAAUUUUUCCAGACACUUGAGAAAUUAAGCUAUUAUUGCACUGACAAUUAUUUACAUUGAUCAGCACACAUAAACUCACUUCCGGGCGCAAAAGUGCCAUAUUUGGUAGGAGUAUAAUUGCCUGAGAUUUCGACCAAUCACAGCCGGAAUUAGACUGGAUCCUUUGAAGCCAUGUUGGUGUUCGCGCCGAGUGGAUAUUUUGGACACAUUUCGUUGUAGUGUUUUAGUUUUGAAUUUCCCUUUAGUUCGUCUGCUCUUCAGUUAUCAAGGUCUUGUCUGAGGGGAAGCUUUCUCUGUCAAAUUUUCGCGUGCCUUUUGAGGACACAGCUCACGAAAGAUGUCUCGCCGUUACGACAUGGGCGAACAAGACAGUUCGAGCCGUGGAAGGGCAAAUCGUCGCAAAGUCACUGUCAAAGUUUGCAUGCUCGAUGAUUCUGUGGUAAAAUUCGAGUUAGAGCCCAAAAGCAGAGGAAAGGCACUAUAUGACAACGUAUACGAACAACUAAACUUGGAAGAGCGUGAAUACUUUGGGUUAAAUUUUUAUGACAAAAGUGAUAACUUGUUUUGGCUUGAUGAUAUAAAGCCCAUAAACAAACAAGUCCAAGAUCUGCGUUCAACAAUAUUUAGAUUUUGUGUGAAGUUUUAUCCACCUGAUCCAGCACUUCUCCAGGAAGAGUAUACUAGGUAUUUGUUUGGUCUACAGAUAAAAAGAGAUCUUCUCAGUGGAAGAUUAAAAUGUUCAGAAAAUACAGCAGCUCUCUUGGCAUCCUAUAUAGUUCAAGGGGAACUUGGAGAUUAUGAAGGAAUGUCAUGCAGAACAGGAUAUUUAUCAGAGUUUCAAUUUUUUCCUGGUCAGACACAAGAUUCUGAGAAAAGAAUAUCAACUUACCACAAAGAGCACAGGUACUGUUUGUGUAGGGUAAAUUCCUUAACAUUUAGUUUCUUUCUUUGUCCUUUCUUUUCAUUGGUUAACAGAAUCUUGCACGUUUGCUCUUUCAAAACGAGCAUUUAAGUUGCCUGUGUAAUGGUUACUGGGGACAAAACAAAAGAGGAGAAGCCAUUAGAAAAAUUGUUUCCAGUACUAGUUCCACAGGCACCUGUGAAAUGCGAUUUUUUAUCUUGGUAGCAAAUUGUAUCGUCUGCUUUUGUCCUGCCAAAUAACUAACUACCAAUGUUUGCUAAUAAUGCACAUUAAUUUUACAUGAUUGUACAGUGUAAUAAUUGUACAUCAUCACAUUCAUUACAUCUUAUAAUUAUUUGAAACAAAAUGAGGUUUACCCCAGCAUAUGUACACGCACAGGAAAUAAUACCAUCAACCUCUGCACAAAGAGGAAGUAAAUGCAGCAUACAUACGUACAUGUGUCUGUAUGUUCCGGUUGCGAACAUGUUUCCUAAGUUUAUUGUUGUCUUCUCCUUCCAAGCCAUGUAUUAGGUCCCAUCAGGGGCCAGGGAACUGGGAGAGGGGGAUUUCAGUAUCUCAUAUCUGAUCUUAUUAAUUUUUUGCCUUGUAUCCUGUGUCCCAGUAAUUUAAGUUGCAGAAAUUAGCAGUUUUUCUACUCUAACAUGUAGGUCUAUAUCCCAGGUUAUCUGUUCUAAAUAUCCUCUAUCCCAUAAAUUCCCC